AUUCGGAGUUAUCUGUCUGGAAUCCUUUGGAUGAGACACGCGGGCUGCUUGAGCCCAAAUUCAUUCAUUUCAGUGGACCGCUCUUUCUCAAUAGAAAAACUUGGACAACAACACAUUCUGCACGGAUUCAUUUUUCCCUUGUAGGACAACACCUAACAGAGUCAGAAUAAGUGAAUUAAAGACCGAAUAUGACAAAAAUAUUGACAGCUUGCAACGUCGUCAAAUCACUGAGGCAAGGAUGGCUCGCAGCAAGAAGAAGCAGCAACCCUGCUUGUUUGAGGAGGUCUGCUAGGCUCUUCAGUGUUAAGGCCCAGAUAGCCCACCUGGUCCUGGAGGAUGGUACCCGGAUGAAGGGCUUCUCCUUUGGGGAUGAACGCUCUGCUGCUGGGGAGCUGGUCUUCAACACUGGCCUGGUGGGGUACCCAGAGGCUUUGACUGACCCCAGCUACAGAGGUCAGAUCCUGACCCUGACCUACCCCAUAGUGGGGAACUACGGCGUUCCAAACACUCAGGAGCUGGAUGAGCUGGGCCUGAGGAGGAACAUCGAGUCAGACCGUAUACAGGUAUCUGGACUCUUGGUGCAGGAUUACAGUCAUGAGUACAGCCACUGGAACUCUGUCAAGUCCCUGGGACAGUGGCUACAGGAGGAGAAGGUCCCUGCAUUGUUUGGAGUGGAUACUAGGAUGCUGACCAAGAUCAUCAGAGACAAGGGUACAGUGUUGGGGAAGAUAGAGUUUGAGGGCCAUCCAGUAGAGAUAUCAGACCCUAACCAGCAGAACAUUGUAGCAGAAGUCUCAACAAAGGAGACCAGAGUGUUUGGGAAAGGUAACCCCAUCAAAGUGGUUGCUGUUGACUGUGGCAUCAAACACAACAUCAUCAGGCUGCUUGUUAAGCGUGGUGCWGAGGUCCAUCUGGUGCCCUGGAACCAGGACCUGAUGAGUCUGGAGUACGAUGGCCUGUUCAUCUCCAACGGCCCUGGGGAUCCCUCUCUGGCAGGAGACCUCAUACAGAACGUCCGCAAGGUCCUGGAGAGUGACCGGCCACAGCCUGUCUUUGGUAUCUGUAUGGGCAACCAGAUCACAGCACUGGCUGCAGGGGCCCAGUCCUACAAACUGCCCAUGGGUAACAGAGGUCAGAACCAGCCUGUACUCAACGUGAUGACGGGCCAGGCCUUCAUCACAGCCCAGAACCACGGUUACGGCAUUGACAGCACCUCUCUACCACCUGGAUGGAGCCCGCUGUUUGUUAACGCCAACGACGGAACCAACGAAGGCAUCAUGCACGACACCAAGCCAGUCUUCACGGCUCAGUUCCACCCAGAAGCUAAAGGAGGACCUACAGACACUGAGUUCCUAUUUGAUGCGUUCAUAUCCCUGAUAAAGAAUGGGAAGGAGGCCAACAUUGUGUCAGUCAUGCCCAAGAAGCCUGCUAUCCCACCUAGGACUCAGGUUUCCAAGGUGCUGGUGCUGGGGUCUGGAGGUCUGUCCAUUGGUCAGGCUGGGGAGUUUGACUACUCUGGAUCACAGGCCGUCAAAGCCAUGAAGGAGGAGAACGUGAGGACGGUGCUGAUGAAUCCGAACAUAGCAUCGGUGCAGACCAACGAGGUGGGGACUAAACAGGCUGACUCUGUCUACUUCCUGCCUGUCACGCCUCAGUUCGUCACAGAGGUCAUUAAGACCGAACGACCUGACGGCAUCCUGCUGUCUAUGGGAGGACAGACCGCUCUAAACUGUGGAGUGGAGCUGUUCCAGAGUGGGGUACUGCAGAAGUAUGGGGUGAAGGUGUUGGGGACCCCUGUAGAGUCCAUUAUGGCUACUGAGGACAGACAGCUGUUUGCUGACAAGCUCAACGAGAUCAAUGAGAAGAUCGCUCCCAGCUUCGCUGUGGAGACGGUGGCAGAUGCCCUGAAGGCAGCGGAUCAGAUAGGCUACCCUGUCAUGCUACGUUCUGCCUAUUCCCUGGGCGGACUGGGCUCAGGACUCUGUGCCAACAAGGACAAGCUGGAGGAGACCGCUCGGAAGGCCCUGGCGAUGAGCUGUCAGAUCCUUGUGGAGAAGUCUCUGAUGGGUUGGAAAGAGGUGGAGUAUGAAGUAGUCAGGGACAUCGCUAAUAACUGUGUCACUGUCUGCAACAUGGAGAACUUUGACCCCCUCGGCAUUCACACAGGUGACUCUAUUGUGGUGGCCCCCAGCCAGACUCUGUCCAAUGAGGAGUACCACAUGCUGCGUGAGACGGCCAUUAAGGUAGUGCGUCACUUGGGCAUCGUGGGGGAGUGUAACAUCCAGUACGCCCUUCACCCUGGCUCUCUAGAGUACUGCAUCAUAGAGGUCAACGCUCGACUCUCACGCAGCUCUGCCCUCGCAUCCAAGGCCACCGGGUACCCCCUGGCGUUUGUUGCAGCCAAGCUGGCUUUGGGCAUCCCUCUGCCGGAGAUCAAGAACACGGUGUCAGAGAAAACCACAGCCUGUUUCGAACCAAGCCUGGAUUACAUUGUCACUAAGAUCCCUCGCUGGGACCUCGACCGAUUCCAGGGCAUGUCCCGAGAGAUAGGCAGCUCCAUGAAGAGUGUUGGAGAGGUGAUGGCUGUUGGGCGUACGUUUGAGGAGAGCAUGCAGAAGGCUCUGAGGAUGUGCCACCCCUCUGUGGACGGGUUCAUGCCCCGCCUGCCCCUCAACAAGCCUUGGUCUGCUCAGCAGGACCUAGACCAAGAGCUGGCUGUACCCUCCAGCACACGGGUUUUCUCCCUGGCCAAGGCCCUUCACAGUGGUGUGACUGUAGACCACAUCCACCAUCUCACUGCCAUAGACAAGUGGUUCCUACACAAGCUACGACGCAUCACAGAGCUGGAGCAGCACCUGAGCCAGUUCAACAGUGCAACAUUACCCCAGACCCUGCUGCUGAAGGCUAAACAGGACGGCUUCUCAGACCGCCAGGUGGGCCAGGCCCUGGGCUCCAGUGAGGGGGAKGCCAGAGUGUUGAGGCUGGGUCAGAACAUUAAACCCUGGGUGAAACAGAUUGACACCCUUGCUGCAGARUACCCUGCUGUGACCAACUACCUGUACUGUACCUACCAUGGACAGGAGCAUGACUUGGAGUUCAAGGACCACGGUGUCAUGGUGCUGGGAUGUGGUCCCUAUCACAUUGGGAGCAGUGUGGAAUUUGACUGGUGUGCAGUGUCCAGUAUCCGAGCCCUGCGUCAGAUGGGCAGGCGGACAGUGGUGGUAAACCACAACCCUGAGACUGUCAGCACGGACUUUGACGAAUGUGACCGCCUGUACUUUGAAGAGUUGACUCUGGAACGCAUUCUGGACAUCACACAGCAAGAGGGCUGUACAGGCAGCAUCGUGUCUGURGGGGGUCAGAUCCCCAAUAACCUGGCCAUGCCUCUGCACCUGAACGGGGUCAAGAUCCUAGGAACCAACCCCCAGCAGAUCGACCGAGCCGAGGAGAGGUCAGUGUUCUCCACCAUCCUGGAUGAACUGGGGGUGGCCCAGGCCCCGUGGAAGGCCCUCAGCUCACUGGAAGAUGCCUUUGCCUUUGCCAAUAAAGUGGGCUACCCCUGUCUCCUGCGCCCCUCUUACGUACUCAGUGGCUCAGCAAUGAACGUGGCAUACGGUGAAGAAGAGAUGAGGGGCUUCUUGGACGAGGCUACUCAGGUGUCUCAGGAGCAUCCAGUGGUCAUCACCAAGUUCAUCCGUGGAGCCAGAGAAGUGGAGGUGGAUGCAGUGGCCAAGAUGGGAAAAGUGCUGUGCCAUGCUAUAACAGAGCAUGUGGAGGAUGCUGGGGUCCACUCUGGAGAUGCCACCCUCAUGCUACCUACCCAGAGCAUCAGCCAGGGGGCCCUAGAGAAGGUGAAGAGUGCCACACGGAAAAUUGCUAAGGCGUUUGAGAUCUCUGGUCCGUUCAAUACUCAGUUCCUAGUGAAAGGCAACGAUGUCAUGGUGAUAGAGUGUAACCUGCGAGCAUCCCGCUCCUUCCCCUUCGUGUCUAAGACCAUCGGUGUGGACUUCAUUAGUGUGGCUACACGGGUCAUGGUGGGUGAACCCCAGGAUGAGGCUGCUCUGCCCUCUCUGGAGAACCCCAUCAUCCCUGUUGACUAUGUGGGAAUCAAGGCUCCUAUGUUCUCCUGGCCUCGCCUUCGUGAUGCCCACCCAAUCCUGCGCUGUGAAAUGGCUUCCACAGGAGAGGUGGCUUGUUUUGGACCAAACAUCUACUCUGCCUUCCUCAAGGCUAUGCUAUCCACUGGCUUCAAGCUGCCUACAAAAGGCAUCCUCAUCGGGAUCCAGCAUUCGUUCCGGCCCAACUUCUUAGCCACAGCACACCAGCUGAAUGAAGAAGGCUUUAAGCUCUUUGCUACAGAGGCCACCUCGGCCUGGCUCUCUGCCAAUGACGUGCCCGCCACCCCUGUGGCAUGGCCCAGCCAGGAGGGAGGAGACGACAGCUUGCCCAGUAUUAUCAGGCUGAUCAACGAGGGCCACAUUGACCUGGUGAUAAACCUUCCCAACAACAACAGCAAGUUCCUCAGGGACAAUUUCCUGAUCCGCAGGAUGGCUGUGGACCACGGGGUGCCUCUCAUCACCAACCACCAGGUGGUCAAGCUGUUUGCUGAGGCCAUAAAGUAUGCCAGCGAGUUGGACACCACCAGCCUGUUCCACUACCGCCAACGGGACGCUGACCGCCAACGGGACGCUGACCUCGAAAAGGAAGCUGACCGCCUUAGGGACGCUGCCACCGGACUGCAGGGCUAGAGCUGCACCCUUCCUUCCCCCGCCUCUUCUCAUCUCUCCCGCUAUCCCCGACCCUAUCUCUGACCCUCCCUCAUCCUCCCCCACAGGGCCCAGACACAGCACAGUACAGCACACUCCAUCAGGGUGACCAUGAUGACCCUUGACCUUUCACGUGACAUGCUUCUUUACAGAGUAGAGGUGUAUUGGUCCCCUUUCCCCUGAAGUGUGCACUCACGCACUCCUCCCCAUUGAUUUUAAAGUGUUGGAUUGGUGUAAGAAUGUUGGGCCAGAGGGAGUUUACACCAUAUUUCUUACAUCAGUCGACUCCUCUGAAAUCCAUGAAGGGAAGCAAACACUUUAGGAGGAAGGACAGAGAUUUGGACACGGGGCUCGUCUUCCAUGACAACUGUUGCUGCAUGUCUCUUUUCCUCUGUGAUGUCUGGCGGAUACUGUACCAAACAUAGUUACUGUAGCAUAGAUAGUUACUGUAGCAAAGAUAGUUACUGUAGCAAAGAUAGUUAUUAUACCAGAAGUUAAAUUGUUAUUGACACCUGUAAAUGUAGCCCAUAAUUUUAUGCCAAAUCUUGAUACAUGUGUUUUAAAGACAUUUCACAUCUAGGGAUAGAGGACAUAGUAUGUUGGUUUGUGAUCUCAUUAAACCACAUCCAAGGGCAGUAUCUUUCCUGUUUACACUCCACAAACACAUUUUUCUUUCUCUUAGUAUGGCUGUAUUUUCCUCAUACUGAAAACACAUAAAAACCCUUUGAUAUUUUG